AUGGCUGAAAAUCUUGGCGAGCUUCUGGAUGAAUUACAAAUUGAUGAUCAAUUGCGGCAACAAUUGGAAGCUCCAAGAGUAAUCAAUCAUUUUUCAUUUGAAAUCUAAUAAUUAUAUAUUUUUUCAGGUUCCAAUAAACAUCGAUGAUUACAACCAUGGAUUUAUGAGAGGUCUAUAUUGGGAAAAGGGCGUGAUGCCUCAUCCUAUAGAUUUGCUCAUUCGAGUUCCACAGAACAUUCAAGAUUUCUCCACCGGGUUUAUCGAUGGAAUGAACUUUUGGAUAGAGAAUUUCGAUUUUUCAUCAGAUGACGAUGAUGAAGAAACAUCGGUUAGUAACUAAAAAUAUGUAAUAUUUUUCAAAAAGGAAGUGAAUAAACUCAUUUUAAUUUUUCAGGAUACGGAGUCAACGAGAGCAGAAAUGGCAGAUAAUGAAGAUGAACCAUCAAGUGAAAAUGACGAAGAUGAUCCAAAUGGCAAUGAGCAAGUUAGUUUGAGAAAGGGUUGGGAGUUUAGUAUAGUGGGUGAAGAAGGGUUACUACUGAGAGGGAGGGGACUGGGAUCUGGGGAUGAGAUUUUUUUUUGAGAAAAGGUAAGGCUUGAUUUAGAUUUUUUGAACAACCUUGUGAAAUCAGGUGUACUUUUCUCAAUUUUAUUCGGAGAAUUGAGAAGUAAUUUGAAAGUAUCCUAUUUGAGCAAAACACAGGUUGGGGCACGAAAGUUGUAGUUUACAACUAGAAUUAUUAUUUUUAAAAUUGGGAAAAAUUAAAUAUUUCUAGGACCUUCCCAAUGACCCAAAUGCUCCUCAUAAUGACAAUUAG